UCGCUGGGAGCCGCAAACGCUGUGACACCGCAAACAUCACGGAGCUGUCACUUGAUACAAAAAAAAAAAUCCACACUUACAGUAAGAGAUGGGGGAAGUGUGUGCAGACGCUGUCACCCUGGAUCUGCUGAGAGAGGCCCGAGAGACGGUGAGGAGCAGCCCGCUGGGGGUCAUCAACACUCCCAUGAUCCCCUGGUGCCAGACCACGCUGCCUCUCAGCAUCUCUUGCAACAUCCACAUCAAACUGGAGAACAUGCAGCGAACCGGUUCGUUUAAGAUCCGAGGAGUGGCCAAUCAGUUUGCCCGGAGACAGAGGGGCGGUCAUUUCGUCACCAUGUCUGCAGGAAACUAUGGGAAGUCUUUUGCGUACGCCUCUAAACACUACAGGACAAAGGGCAAGGUGGUGAUGCCAGAAACGGCCCCAGCAUCCAGAUCCACACUUAUCCAGAGUUUCGGGGUGGAGGUGGAGCGAGUGCCCACGUCCUGCCUGAUGAACGUGGUGAACCGCUGCGUUCAGCAAGACGACAUGACCUUCCUGCACUCGUACGACGACCUGGAUCUCAUCGCAGGACACGCCAGUCUGGGUAUGGAGGUUCUCGAGGUGAUGCCAGAGCCGGACGUGGUGGUGGUGUGUUGUGGCGGCGGUGGGCUGCUGGCCGGAGUUGCCGCUGCAGUCAAACUGUCGGGUUGUGACAAGAGCAGGAUCUACGGCGUGGAGCCGGAGGGAGCCUGCACCAUGUACAGAAGUUUCAUUGAGAAAAAGCCAGUGGGCAUGGACGCCAAGAGCAUCGCCUCAGGACUGGCACCGCCUUUUGCAGGCACGCUGCCAUUCGAGCUGUGUCGGCGCUACGUGGAGGAGAUCGUCCUGGUGAGCGACGAGGAGAUCAAGGCGGCGGUGGCCACCCUCUACAGCUCGGGGCUGGUGGUGGAGCCCUCAGGAUCCGCUGCCUUCGCCGCCAUCGUUAACAACAAGAUACCCGACCUUCAGGGGAAGAACGUCGUCUGCAUCCUCAGUGGAGGGAACAUCGGCAAAGACGAGCUUGCCAACUUCCCAGACUGACAAAACACUUUAAUGUCACCGAUUCAAUCAUAUUAUGUGACUGCUGCAAAGGAAUCAAAGGCAUUCCUUCUCAUUGAUCUGUGUUCAUUCCCUUGAUCACAGGAAAAAAUAACUAUUCAUGAAUGCCAGUUUGAAAGGGAAUUUGUUCUGUUCCAUUUCUGUAGGUGUAAUAAGUCUCACUGUAUGAACUAAUGAGUUUCUCCUGUUGAAAGUGAAGUGGUUUCUUUUGACCGGGAGAGAUGAAUCACGAUGAAAAGAGCCUCAUCCAUGAACUCUAACACUAACACACUCACAUUUUCUGCCAUCGCACCAACUUAAAAUCAGCAUUUUGGACUGAGAUAAUCUCAUGCAGAUUAUUCGCAGAACUUUUAAACACGACCUGGUUGUGUUCACAGCGGAUUUGAGCAUUUUCUGUAGGAAUUAUUUCAGUUAAUUUUACAUCAAAAUAAACCUGAUUAUGUUUCAUAUAAGCAGCGUGAUCUCAUUUUGUUGACUACAUGUAAAUGUUACCAUACACAAAAAUGAGAGAAUGAAAGAAAGAAUAAAAGAUGUUGCCGUUUUUAAAUAAAUAUUUUCCCUAAAGGUUGUUACAUAGAUGAAUACAUCCUCUAAAAAGGCUCUACUUUGUGAUCAAAUGUCUCUCCUAACAACUUCAAAAAUCGACCAUAGCUAAUUUUAGAUGCAAGCGAUCUAAAUCUGCUGGCUCUCUCAUAUUAUUGCCGAUCUGUGCACAGCGAAACCAUAGCAACAGAAACAGAAAUCAAUUCACUGAUGCAGUUUUUAGGCAGGAAGGAGAUAGGGCAAACCAACAUCUUAUGUUAAUUUACAUUUGUACAAAUUUGUCUUCUGUCGUUCAGCA